AUGAUCCCGAUUGCCCCUCAUGGUGCAAAUUAUAUUAUGUCCAAUGACGAUGGCUGGGCUGAGAUAAACAUUCGAACGCUAUACCAGCAGCUGAGGUCUUAUAAUGAACGGAUGAGUCUGAUGAGCCAAGGCUCAGAUAACUCGAUGGUUGUGCUCUCCGCUCCCGCACUGAACAGAUCAGGUACAGGCUCCCUGAACGGUACCGCAAAACCGGUUGAGCACGGAUGUGAAUUCAAAAGUUGCUCCCCUGGGAGCCCAGCUAUAGGAUUCAACUCAUCGGAUCCACAUCUGAACUACGUUAAUUCUUUCCCCGUGACAGCAGUGUCAUACGGAAUAUUGACGCUGGCUCCCAAGUUCUUUGGCGGGCCACCGGACUUGGCUAUCCUAGGUCCCAACGUUGGAUCAAACCUUGACGUUCAAAUUCCCUUCUCUGGCACGGUCGGUUCUGCGGUUGCUGCCACCAAUCUCGGAGUUCCAGCAAUUGCUUUCCAUGGUCGUACCGGCUCUCACACAGCAUGGAACUUCCGGCCUGUACCCAGGUACCCCAGAUUAUAUGCAAAAUACGCAGUCAAUAUUAUCGCUACCUUGACACAAUCAAAGAAGCCAUACCUUCCGACGGGCGUCUGGCUCAACGUCAACUUUCCAUCCGUCGAGCCUGGAAAGUGUAACGAGAACAAUGCCAAGUACGUCUUAAGUAGAAUUUAUCCUGCUAUCCCGGUUUUGGAUCCUCCGGAUGUGACUACUUGCGGCAGUAAUCGUUUGCCACUGGAAAGGACGGUUGUGGAUACCGAUGGCUGCUAUGUAUCCAUCAGUGUUGGCAAUAAGAACAAGCUGGAUGCCAAUAGGGACGCUCAGGAGGCGGUGUUGAAUAGGCUGUCAAAGAUUUUGAGCUGUCUGCCUUGA